UCCCUGACUCCCCCUUACCGGUCUCCCCUCCCCUUCCGGAUACCGCCGAGCCCCUGACGCGAGGAGAGGAAGGCGUUGCUGUGGCCGAUUGGAAAAGAGGAGAAAGAUGGCAGAACUGGAAGAUGUUACGUUAGAUGGGAAGCCGCUUCACUCACUGCGGGUUGCGGACCUUAAGACCGCCCUGGAGCAGCGAGGGCUCCCGAAGAGCGGCCAGAAGAACGCGCUCGUCAAACGACUCAAGGGGGCACUCAUGUUGGAGAAUCUGCAGAAGCACUCGACCCCUCACUCUGGCUUGCAGCCCAACUCACAGAUCGGCGAGGAGAUGAGUCAGAACAGCUUCAUUAAGCAGUACCUGGCCAAACAGCAGGAGCUCCUGAGGCAGCGGCUGGAAAGGGAGGCGCGGGAGGCGGCUGAGGCUGAGGAGGUGUCGGUGGAGUCAGAGGACGAGACCUCCUUCCUGGAGCAGAGUGCCUCGAAGCCACCAGACUUGCAAUCCAUCCAAGAGGUGCCGGAACAGAGCGGGAUGAGCGCACCUUCCAGAGAGACGGACAGCCCAUCCGUACAGGAAGAGGAGUCGCUGCAGGAAGAUAAGUCAGAGGGCUACGACAGCGGAUCCUGUCAAGCAGACCAGGAGGAAAGCCUCACUGCCUCCCUCCCUAAAUGCAGGGCAGUGCCAGCCAGGUCUUCCUCUUCCCCUCAGUCCCGGCGCCGCUCCAGUACCAGAACGGUCCGACAGAGCCCGGCCCGGCCACAACCAGCUGAAUUGGACAGUGAAAAUCUGCCGGGUCCUGUUACUGGUACUGCUUAUUCCCCAGUCCCAGAACUGCAGAAUGCAGAACCUGCCCGGUCCAGAAGGUCUAGGCACUCCAGAGACGGCUCCUCCCUGGAUCCUAGCAGCUCCCCAGUCCCUGACAGGACCGCCGACGGAGCAGAGCAGUCUCCCAGAGAGUCCAAAGCAAGACGCUCAUCAUCUAGGCAGAGCAAGGACUCUCUGGCUGCUCCCAGCGCUGUGUUGGUUGUGACACCGUCACCACCAGCACAACAGACCGGUCCUACUGAUCUGGUAGUCCGUGCAGAAGCUCAGUCGCCUGGCCCCAGAGCUGUGGCUUCGCUGUCUGUGAGGGUGAUAGGUGGAAGCACUCAAAUCAGUGGGAGCUCAGUUGUUGUGCCGCCAGGUGUUAGUGGAGGAGUUGAUGGAGAAGUCAGAGGUGCUUCUCCCACUCGCAUCAAUCCCCAACAACAGGAGUCAUCUGAAAUGGGCAAAGAUGUCAUGUUGACUGAGGGAUUUGGCAGUGUAGGGGUAGAGGUGGUAGGAGGUGGGGAAGAGAAAGCAGCCCCCAAGGAAAGAUUGCAAAGGUCCAGGCAGUUGAGGGAACACAGCCCCCCUCCUCCAAACCACCCAAAUCCUGUGUUAAAAUGCGGGGUGGAAAGCUUCCCCCUUCCAGAUACCCCGAAACAGAGCCCCCCGGCUUCCGAUGAGCAAGCCCCUGAAGUGGGGCGUUCCCAGAUGCCCCAAAAGACAAAGAAAGAGAGGGAAGGUGGUGGGGGUAGCUCUUUUGAAGCAACAAAGAGACAAAGCCACCACCAGGAGCCAGGGCCGCUCAGUCGCCUGGCCAAGGCCAUGGAAGACGACGACGAUGAUUGUGACGAAGAUGAAGAAGGAGAAGAUAAAGAAAGAGAUAAAGAGCUUAAUCUGACUUUGGAAAAGAGAAAAAGCAUGCCUGAAGUCGUGGCUGUGGGAAGCAUGCAAGGGUCGAUCCUGAUGCAUACCUCUGUAGAAAAGGCCAAUGCUAAAUUAGAGCUGUCUGCAGAUAGCUCGCUAACGUUGGCAAAAGCCGAAGAAGACCCAGAAGCUCCCAGAGGAAGGCCUAGAGAGGUCCUGGGAAAGGGAGAGAUCUCGGAAACUGGUUUUACAGAGACCCUGGAAAAGUCUAAGGCAAAGGAAUCUUCUGGGACACCACAGAAAGUGGUAGAGGCACAGAAAACACUGGAGGUGCUUGGUAAACCUGCCGAGGUCUCCAAACCAGUAGCUUCAGAAGUUUUAGAGUUGGGGCAGACCAACAGGUCUACUGAAAGGAAAGAUGGUGAACUGCCAGAAAAAACAAAACUCAUUUCCAUAACAAGUCGUGAAGGGCAUUGGAAGAGUUCUCCAGCAGCAUUCAGAGCGGUUGGAGGGAGUGUACCACUGAGAGUUGAACCGAAACCGGCUUUAGAGAUGUCAAAAGAGGUUAAUCCCGUGACUGAUAAUAAACCAGUUCAGGUUUCUACAGCUGCACCAGUGGAGAAAACAGUUGCUGAGACAAUUGUGAGCGUCACGAAACAUAGAGAGACUGAAAAAAAUGAAAAAGCAGAGGUUGUUUUGAUACAUUAUUCUUCUUCAGCAUCUGCUGAACAGGCAGCACAGAUUGAUAAGCCCGAAGAGGGUGCCCCAGAAAAGAUCGCCAAGCAGGCCGCUGGAGAAAAAACACUAGAGACUGACAAACCUAAAGAUCCCAAAGAGGUUUUUGCAGCAAAUACGACAGACAAACAGGAGCAGGACAUGCCGGCAUUCGAGCCUAAAGAGGUUUCUAAACAGAGUAGCCAGACGUCUGAGAAAGGGGCAGUUGAACAACCUAAAGAAGUUCCUGCUGUGCCUGAAAACCUCCCUUUCAAUAUGAAACGGCAGACAGCAGUGCCACAGAAAGACACUGCAACUCCUAAACAGGAUCCUAACAAAAGCGCUGCUUCCGAAGAAGCUAAAGCAGCAGUAAAAGUUACACUUAAAGAGGUUUUGCAGCCGGGUAAAACAGAGGGAGUCCACAUUCUCAAACUGGACAGUAGACGUGUCCUGCAGCCUGAAAAGGGAGUAGGGGAGAUGACAAAAGUGCGAGAACAGCCCAGUGCUAUCCAGAGCCACCUUCCGUUGUCAAAACGGGGCAGGGAUUUGGGCACAUUGGACAAAAAACAAGAGGAGACAGACACCAAAACGCCUGCCACUAAAAAGGAGAGUUCUCUAAAAUCAGCACAUCCUGAAAAGCCAGCAGGGGGGGACAGUUCAAAGAUUUCUCAAACUCCAGUUAAGGAAGUCCCAGCACUACACAAGCCAACACAAGAGACUUCUAGAUUCUCUGAAAACCUUACUGUGGGGAGUCCAGCUCCUGAACCCAAAUCUGUGGAGGUUACAGCAGAAGUUUUAUCACAAAAGCAAAAUGAGACUUCGGUUAUUCCCACACAGACUCCACUGACACCACAGGUUCAAUCCUCUCCCAAGAAAUUCAGAGUCUUUCGAGACACCUCUCCGUCUCCAGAGGCUAGGGCACCACCCAAAAAGACACGGGUCUUCAGGGAUGGGCUGCCGGCUCUAGAUCACCCCAAGAAAAGCUUUCAAACCCAGGGGUCGGCUGAAAGAAGCAUCCCUGAACCAAAACCUGAGAAAGCACCUCUGGUGGAGCAGGAGACAGAGAAGCCGGCUAGCCUGGAACAAGCUUCAGAGACUGGGCAGUUGCCUAAGUUGUCUGGGUACGCUACUUCCAGGGAGGAAGGACCGAGAGAUGCCACGUGGAAGGAAGGGGAGUUGAGCACGACUGCAGAAGUGAGCCCUUCAGACCCCAAACCAGGGUCAGAAAGCGUGUCCCUCAAAAGAAUAGGCCCCCCAGCGCCAGUGGAGAAAGAAGGGCCGAAGCCAGAAGAGCAGAAUUCACAUGCUGGUUCCAAAGAGCCUGAAAACGAACCUCCGAAAAAAGCCAGAGGAGUUUUCCCUGAAACGGAAAAGGAGAGCGGCCCUCCCAAAAGAAAAGCAAGCGAGAGCUCCAUCCUGGACAAAGACCCCCCCAAACCAGCACAAGAAGCAGCAGAAACUUCCAGUAGGCAGCAGACACAUAAAGAGAUGCCUGAAAAACAGGAAGAUAAGACCCCCGUGGUGGCUUCUGGGAAACUGGCAGAAACAGCUAAGUCUACGACUUCAGAGAUGCCCAGGAAGCCAGAAGAAAAGCCCAGGGCAGAGACGCCCAAAUCUUCAGAGGGGCGUCUGAUGAAAGCCGUGAAGGAGCUGGAGACGGAGCCAAUGGGCCCCAUCCUGCCACCCUCUCCGCCCCCUGAGGAAACGGAGAGCGGCCACCCGCCGACACCACCCCUUUCAGCCCCCGACACGGACAGGGAGAGAGGGAGGCGGAGCAGGGAGGGAGCCUCUCCUUCCUCUUCCUCUUCAUCUUCUUCCUCCUCAAACUCCUCAUCUUCGGCCUCUUCCUCCCGUUCGUCGUCGUCUUCCAGGUCGAGGUCGCCCUCAAGUGACAGGAGGUCUGUGAGCCCCCAGCGUGACUCUCUCUCCAGAGACAGCGGUGCUUUCUGCCAGCCUGAGGGGUCUCCCGAUUCAGGACGCCCCGACGACCCCCCCGCAUCCCGACAACACGAGAGGCGCAAGAGACGAGCGGAGAGAGAGGAGGAGGAAGGGGAGCAUGAGGAGAGAGCUGGGACCAGUCACAGCAAGAAGCCUUGCCUGACAGCCGAGGGAAGGGGCAAUGCAGAUGGAGCAGAAAAAAAGGAAUGGAGAAGAACUGGGGAAGGAGAGAGCAGGGGUAAACACACAGCUAGUGAGCUGAAGCAAGACCACGCGUCUGCUAUGAUGGAGUCGGAGAGACGCGCUGAGGCAGAAGUCUCUGCAGAUAGCCAGUCUGAGAGUUGUUCUGAGCACAGGGAUGAGAGAGGGAACAAGGGCCGAGCAGAGGAGGGAGUGCAACCCAAAACCUUUACAUCCAGGAAGAUCUCAGUCUUGUCAGCCAGUAAGUUUCUUCCUGCAGUUUCCACCGCUGAGCCAGCAGGGGGCAGUGCAGCAGCUGCAGUCCCAGGUGGGGGAGCAGGGGGAGGGGAAGCAGACGGGAACCAGAUAGGAAGGAAAAGGCGCUGGGGUUCCAGCACCGCUGGUACUGCCAAGAAACCUUCCAUCAGCAUCACAACAGAAUCACUCAAGAGCUUGAUUCCUGAUAUGAAGCCAAUGUCUGUGGUGGGCCAGGAGGCCGUUCUGGAUCUGCACCCUGAUGAAGGGCGCCUGUCUGGGGAGGAGAACGAGAGGGGAGAUGGGAGAGAGGAACCCGGUCAGCAGGACAGGGCACUCAAAAUCUGCAGGACUGUCACACAGGUGGUACCUGUGGAAGCCCAGGAGAAUGGACAGAAGGAAACACACAAGGAGGGAGGAAAGGAGGAUGCUGGAUGUGAGGAAGAGGAGAGGAAGGAACCCCAGAGCGUAACCAUGGAGACCCAGCUGCCAGUCACCGGGGAAACUGACGUCAAGAAAGCAACACCUAGUGGCACUCUAGUGCGGCGCUCCAUCAACCAACAGAAGAGUGGGAUGUCGGUCACCAUUGACGACCCAGUCCGCACCGCACAGCACCCCUCCCCCCCCCGCGGCAAAACUACCAACAUCGUGCACAUCUCAAACUUGGUCAGACCAUUCACACUGGGCCAGCUGAAAGAGCUACUGAACAGAACCGGUACCCUGGUGGAUGAAGGAUUCUGGAUCGACAAGAUAAAAUCUCACUGUUAUGUCACGUAUUCCAUGACGGAAGAGGCCGUGGCCACGAGGAACGCGCUGCAUGGGGUCAAGUGGCCGCAGUCUAACCCCAAAUUCCUUUCGGUGGAGUUUUCGGAGCAAGAUGAGCUCAACUUCCACAAAGGCCUGCUAGCAGACCUCCGGCCAGCAGAGGGCCCCAGACAGUCGGACAUCUCUCUCCAUCGCUCCUCCCACACUGUUCCCCCCUCCUCCGGGCCCCCACAGACUCAUCCCUCAGACAGGGCCGUGAGGGACCAGUGGGCAGAGAGGGAGCGGGAGAUGGAGAGGCGGGAAAGGACCAGGGCCGAGAGAGAGUGGGACAGGGACAAGGUGCGGGAUUACAACAGCAAGCACCAUGGAGGCUCUAGGGGGCCACACGCAGGACCCGAGGGGCCAGGGGGAGUCGGCCGCAGGUCCAGGUCUCGAUCCAGGGACAGGAGGCGCAAGGAAAGAGCCAAGUCCAAAGAGAAGGCGACAGACAGGAAAGAAAAAGCCCCGGAGGAGCCUCCAGCUAAACUCCUGGACGACCUCUUCUGCAAAACCAAAGCGGCGCCCUGCAUCUACUGGCUCCCUCUAACAGACAAGCAGGUGGUGCUGAAAGAGGGGGAGCGUGCAGAGAGGAUGAAAGAGCGAAUCAAGCGCCGCAAAGAGCAGGAAGAGGAGGAGAAGAGGAGGGACGAGGAGAGGAGGGAGAGGCUGAAGGAGCGAGAGAAAGAGGUGGCAGAGAGGGUGCGAGUGAGGGAGCUGGAAAAGAAGAGAGAACAAAGGAGAGGGGGAGGGGAGCGGGGUGGAGGGAGAGGGGGCAGCAACAAGGGAACACGGAGCCGUAGCCAGAGCACCCCACCGCCCAGAGACCGAAGGCACUGAGAACCAAACGGACUGAAAAAAAUACAGCUUGUUUUUUGUUUUAUUUAAUGACUGUUGAGCUAUAGAGCAACAUAUGACUGUCUUUAAAUAGAGGGAGAUGAAAACAGGACCCAAAAUGAUACAACAAUGCAGUGAAAACAAGAGUGGAUUUUGGUUUGGCUAUUUAAUUGGAACGGAAAUAUGACAGGAACAGCAACAGAGCUGUCUUUUAAACUAGGUGAUAAGGAUUUGUUUAAUUAGGCAAGCUUCGUAAAUUAGUGGGCAAGAGAGAAACAGAAGGUGAAAUAAAACAAAACAAAACAUACAUGUUUUUGAAUAAUCUGCUUAGCCAUCAAACAAAACCGUGACUUUUAAAGUGAGAGAAGCAAACUAUGAAAAUAGCAUAACAAUGACUAAAUGAAAAGGUGACAGUUUCUAAAAUGAUUUAAAAAUACUGUUGAGCUCCCAAACCAGACAUGGCCUAAACGUAACAAAACAAUGACAACAAAACAAACUAUUUCAAUUCAAACUAUAAUUAUAUUCUGGUGUCUGUCUUUCUUUAAUUGAAUAAGAGGAAGAAACACCAGAAUGGCAAGAAACUGGUCUUAAAACACAAUACGACGAACAAUACGAACAGCAGCAAAACAAAGCGAUCUUCACUAAAUAAAACAAGAUUAACGUCACCCUAUGCAAUCCAAAAUACAACAUUCUCUCUCAUCCCUGUCCUUCAGAAAGAAAUAGUUCAGAUCUCUCUCCAAAUCUCUUGCUCCAUGUGUAUUUUUUAAGGGAGUUUUCAGAAAAGAUGACAAACCUCCAAACUCUCUGCCAGCCCCCUCCUGCUCUUCCUAGCCUGCUGUUGCAUUUAUUUAAAAUGAUCUGUAAUAGUUGAAGGAAUCUUUGCACAGAGCGUGUGUCACUGUAUAUCUACCUAUCGUCAUUUUGGAAUCUAUCUUGCAUUGGGUAUAACAUGAUGCUUUUAGUGAAACAAAAAAAGGGCUGGGAGUUUUUCAUGUUGAAAAUCUUUCAAAAUUAAAAACUCAUUUUAAAUUUGCAUAAAAACAAAACUAGAAUCCCCCCCCCCCCCCCCCCGUCUCCUAUUACAGAAAGAGGAGCACUCCAAUUACCAAACGUUUAUCCCAUCAAAUACUAACGCCACAGCUGGUAUAUAGUGACACACUGUUUUUUAAAGAAAUACACAUUGUAUAUAUAAUCUACUUGACAAUUCUGGCUUGUUAAAGUAGAGGAUUUGUUUGUUUUUAGUUUGUAACGUCUACAGACUGACAACCCUUGAAGAAUCGAAUAACUCAUUUGUUUUUUGUUUUUUUUAAACCGCAUUAUCCUUGGUUUUGAUUUAAGGCUGUAGAAGUUUAAAUGUGUUAAAAAAUUAAAGUUUAAUAAUCCUGAGGUUUUCCUUUUUUUACUAAAUGUUUAGCCGAUACAAUACUGUAUUAUGAAGAUCUCUUUGAUUUUAAUUUCAGUGUCCUCCUGUACAGUAUGAUCGUGAUAUACUUUAAUACUGUGUUUUGAACAUGAAUUAAUGAAUGUAAAGUUUGAAAUAAAUACGAAAGUUAAAAUACCAAA